ACCUCCUCUCGCUGUAACCCUAGCGCCGCACACACUCCCGCCGCCGCCGCACAGCCGCAGGUAGGAGCAGAGGAAGGAAGGGCAAGAUGCCGGCGGGGCACGGGCUUCGGUCGCGGACGCGCGACCUGUUCGCGCGCCCCUUCCGCAAGAAGGGUUACAUCCCGCUCACCACCUACCUGCGCACGUACAAGGUCGGCGAGCACGUCGACGUCAAGGUGAACGGCGCGGUGCACAAGGGCAUGCCGCACAAGUUCUACCACGGCCGCACCGGUCGCGUCUGGAACGUCACCAAGCGCGCCAUCGGCGUCGAGAUCAACAAGCAGGUUGGUAACCGCAUUAUCAGGAAGAGGAUCCAUGUGCGGGUGGAGCAUGUGCAGCCAUCCAGGUGCGCGGAGGAGUUUCGCCUGAGGAAAGUGAAGAACGACCAGCUGAAGGCGGAGGCCAAGGCCCGUGGUGAGGUCAUCAGCACCAAGAGGCAGCCUGCAGGACCCAAGCCUGGGUUCAUGGUUGAAGGCACUACAAUUGAGACAGUCACCCCCAUCCCCUACGAUGUGGUCAAUGAUCUCAAGGGUGGUUACUAGAUUGCUGUUUCUUGAUCAGCCUUAAUUUAGUAUCUAUGCUUGUUCUGAAUGUUUCGGUACCAAGUAGUUCUCUUUUUGCCCUAUGGAGUUUGAACUUCUCUGUGGUUAACUUCAAAGAUUUAAUAUGGUCGGUUUCAUUCUCUUCGUGCAGAAUCUUUGUUGAAUGGUUAGUAUAUGUUUCA